AUGUAUAUUUAUUUUAGAGCAAAGCUAACGAUAAGAUGUCAAUUGAAGAGGAUUUAAGCGAUCACGAAAGUGAAGAUUCAGAGCUUGAAGAAGAGAUAAGAGCAGGAUGCGAUAAGAGUAAGAAGGCCUUUAGACCCCUCAUGGACGACAAACAAAUGAUCGAAUUUCAACGAGCUUUGAGUGAUAUCUCAAAGAGCAACUUGGCGAUGGCCAAAGCCUUCGAGGUGGCCACCGCGAAUCAGAGUAAAAUGGCCAAAGAUUUGAAAGAGGCGAUGCACCACGUUUCAAUGACAACGGAGCAAGUCAAAGAAGCAAUCAAACAUGCAUCAACCAUCAUGGAGGCUAGUCGAUCAACUGCUAGACUCCAGUACGAGACUCAACAGGCUCGGCAGCAGCCUGAACCAGGAGUGAACGGUGAACCUUUUGCCUCCUCUACCCCAACAGCAAUUCAGAGUCAAAUAAUUCAGAAUGGGUUGCCAGUCGCAGAGGGUCCAUCAGGAACUCAAAUCAACAGCUUUGCUAGUCAAAAUUCAGAGUUAACAAGAGACAUUUCAGAGUUAAGAAAGACUUUGCAAAUUCAGCAAAACACCAAAGUAAAUAUUAAGAGAGACUAUAAACUAACAGCAAAGUUGGGACUGGAGUUCUGGAUGGACUACCUGCGCUCAGAGUUGGGAACGAAUGGACUAUUAUGGGUAAUAGAUCCUGCAGUUCAAGCUAACGAAUCUCUAGACGAGGAGACUCGAGCCUCUUGCAAUGAGGUAGUAAGAGACAUCAUGAUAAAUCACAUGGAUGAAAAUUACCAUAACAAAGUUAUUGGUAUUAGAGAUCCGCGUGAAAUUGUCUUGAAGUUGAAAGAGGUUAAAAGAAUUGAGAAUAACGUCACCUCGUCGUCAGUGAGAGCACGGCUCUAUCAAACAAAGAUGCGUAAGAAUGAAACGAUGUUUGAUUUCGCUGAGAGAUUCGAGGCAAUAAUAAGAGAGUAUGAUAACUGCGAAGGAACUGUACCUCUUGGGAUUGAAGAGAAACGUGCUGCUUUUUAUCAAGCAGUUGUAGGCCAAGUUAGCGAACUAAGAGUAGUGAACUUGUUCAGUAAAAAGAUGAAUGGCAUAGAUAUGUCAUAUGAAGAGAUCAAGAAUUAUGUUUCACAGCUCGAGGCCGAGAAAAAGAGUGACCAAGCUGCGUCAACAUCCAGAGAUUCAGUCCCGAAGGUACAGAUGGUCAGAAAGAGCAAUGUAACCCAGCGUGGCACUGAGUCGAUGAAGUGCUAUAACU